CUUGAAGUUAAGUCCAGUGACACGGUAAAACAAAUUGUGAUAUAAGUUAUGAUAGCCUAUUUCAAUAAAUAGUUACGAAAUAUAAGAAUUAUGUUCUAAAUUUCCAUAUUUAUAUCUAUGUAAUGGUGGAUAUUGUGUGAAUAUUCAGCGACAUCUACAUUACAAAUCCAUUAUGUUUUGUGAGAAGGAAAUAGCUCUCGAUCUUCGAAAUUUUCAAAGGACAUGUAAGGAAAGGAGACAAAAUUUGCUGGAAACCUAUCUGAAUGAAGAAAGAGGAUUAAAUGAGGAAUAUUCUAAAAAUCACAAGGAAUUGCUUAAAUCACACAAAAAGCAAUUAAGGGUUCUCCAUUCCCAAAUUGAAGAAGGCAAACGAAAAUUAAAGAAGAAGUUGGAGUAUGAAUUGAGAUUAGAGAAAAAGAAUUUAAAGAGAUUAUAUCAAAACAAAUCGCAUAGUGUUACUCAUCUUAAUGUUUUAAGUGAUAAAAGGAGUUCAAUUAUCUCAUUGAAUGAUUUACAAUCUGAACAUAAUGAUGAAUUACCAGGAAAUAUAUCUACUCAGCUACCAACAGUAUCCUCUCUAUUAUCAUCAUCAACAUCACCAUCUUUAAAUAAUAUUUCAAAUGUAAACAAAAUUCAAUCAGAGAAAAUACAUUCAAGUAUUGGUUCACGAAAACAUCUUAGUAAAAGUGAAUAUACAUUGAAUAAUAAUAAUAAUAAUAAUAAUAAUAAUAAUAAUAAUGAUAAAGGUUUAACCAAAUUUGGACAUGAUGUUCAACAGAUUAAAAAUGAACUGGCAGAACGAUUUUAUUGUUGUACAAUGGAUUCAAGAAAUUCUAUCGCUGAAAUGGAGUGGAAAUUUUUACUUGAAAGACAAGAAUUACGCAGAGCUUACUUACUUAAUCUUGGUGAAUUAAAACAACGUAGAAUUAUGGCAAUUGGAAAUUUAGCAAGAUUACAAAUGAAAAGAUAUUAUGAUAUACAACGAAAGUGGUUAAUUCAAAUACAUAAAUAUGAAUUAGAUUUACGUAAUAAAACAUGUCAAGAGACAUUGAAACAUAUGUCUACUUCACAGGCUAUUGAAAGACAAACAACUUGUAAAUUAGUUAAAGAAUCAGUAAAAGGUCAAAAACAAAUUAUACGUGUUCUAGAAAAUAUUUUAAGAAAAGAUGAACAUUUAAAUAGAUCAGAUUAUACAAUAGAAUCAUUAUCAGCAUCAAUGGAGAAUACUGAACACCAACAACAACACCAUCAUCAAAGACCUAUAUCAAUGAUGGAACAAUUGACAGGAUCAUCAUAUACUUUAUCUGAUGAAUGUACACCAGGUGAUAUUGAUACAUCUAAUCAACAAGUAAAUCAAUCAUAUUCUCCAAUUAUAUUAACAUCUAUUGAUGAGAUCAAUCAAUUAUCACAUACAUCAUUAAAUGAUUAUAGAUCAAAACAUUCAGAUGGAAAACAUCAAAAUCGAGUAAAACAAACAACAAUACCUGAAUAUUCAAAAGUGAAGGUUGUAGAAAUUCCAUCAAAUUCACAUACUUCUAUUCACCAUCAACAACAACAACAACAACAAAAAGAGAAUAUACGUAGAGCUAAAUCAACUCAAAGUAUUCAUUCCACAAUAACUGCGUAUGAAUCUCUUCCUAAAACAGUUUUGAAUAUACUAACCACCCGUCAAAGUGAACUAUGGACAAGUUUAUUAGAACAACAACAUUGUCUAACAGAAAAUCUAUUGAAAUCACAUGUGGAACAGUUGAAAAUAUUAACAUCAAGUGAAAAUGCAGCUGUGAAACGAUGUCAAAUAGAUUUCAAUAAUCGUGCAGCCUAUUUAUCUGUUACACUGGAAGCUAAUCAAAAGUUUAUAGAACAAGAAUUCGCUGAAGAACGUGAACGUAUGAUACGUUUUUAUUUCAAUGAUUUAAGUAGUAUCAAUUCACAAGAAAUGUUUAAUUUUCGAUCAAAAAGUAUUCAAAAGGAGAAUUCUCUUUCUAAUAUUCAUAGUGAUUAUACAGAAGAAAUUAGAAACAAUAAUCAAAUUGAUGAAGAAUAUUCAAGUGAUAUUGUACAUCCUGUUUCAUCUGUUAUCAAGAAAUUUGAACAAUUAACGACUAAAAAAGGUCAAAAAUUUACACCAAUAAACUUUAAGCCUCCUUUAUCAUCAAAGUUGAAUAUGAUUGGUGUUAAACAAUACCAAAAUGAUAAUCAUAAUAAUGAAGUUGGAACAAUCCUCUAAGUGAAGGAUUAACUUAACUAUCAAUUCAUAUAUGAUACAUUGAGCAUGGAUUAAUUCAGUGAUCAGAUAGAUAAUAGAAAGGUGAAAUAAGAUUGAUGACAUAUUUCUAGAAUAUUCCCUGACUAUAAACGUUUGGCGAUGAUUAUUCAUAUUAUAUCCUACUGAUUACUAUACUCCUUCAUUUCAAUUAUUUUUAAAAGAAAAUUGAAUUUUAGUAG